AUGGCUCCCCCAGCAUCGCGCUCAGCUAUUCUCAGGCUCAUGAACGCUGCUCAACAUACGGCGUGCCCCUGCCAUGGCUGCCGCACUAUGGGGCCCUUGGCUCAUCAUGCCGUUCAGCAGAUGAGGAGGGGUAUGGCUACCCCAGUAGAUGCCGUCCCCAAGGAGUACGCAUUUGAGGUCGCCGCUUCCAAUCUACGCUUCGGCGAUGGCGUCACUCGCGAGGUCGGUAUGGACUUCAAGAACAUGAACGCGCGCAAGAUCGGUGUCUUCACGGAUCCCAACGUGGCCAAGCUGAAUCCCAUGAAGAUGGCGCUUGAGUCGCUCUCUUCUGAAAGCGACUUACCCUUUGAGGUCUAUGAUCGAGUGGUGACUGAGCCCACGGAGGACAGCUGGCGUGACGCCAUUGCGUGGGCCAGGGAACACGACUUCAGCCACUUCCUUGCUGUUGGCGGUGGGAGCGUCAUAGACACUGCGAAGGCCGCGAACUUGUUCACCGUCUACCGCGACGCGGAUCUCUUCGACUUCAUCAACGCACCUGUCGGUAAAGGUCAACCUAUCUCGCUACCAUUGCGGCCGCUCAUUGCUGUCCCUACGACUGCCGGCACUGGCUCCGAAACGACUGGUACAGCCAUCCUCGAUAUUACAUCUAUGUCCUUCAAGACGGGCAUCGCAAGCCGCGCAAUGAAACCGACAUUAGGAAUCGUCGACACCUUCAAUACUGAGACCUGCCCUACCGAAGUUCACGUGAGCGCUGGACUGGACGUUCUCUUCCACAGCUUGGAGAGUUUCACGGCUAUUCCUUAUACGGAACGUACUCCUCGCCCUGCAAACCCUAUCCUCCGCCCAGCGUACCAGGGUAGCAACCCCGUCGCUGACAUCUUCUCUUUCUGGGCGCUCGAGCAAACGGUCAAGUAUCUUCCGAGGGUCUACAAGAACAGGCAUGAUACGGAGGCCCGGAGACAGCUUCUACUUGCCGCCUCCUUCGCUGGUAUAGGGUUCGGUAACGCUGGCGUCCAUCUUUGCCACGGGAUGAGUUAUCCGAUCUCUGGCCUAAACAAGAAAGGUCCCAAGUAUAAGCACUCCGGCUAUCAAGUCGACCACCCCAUCAUCCCACACGGCGUAUCCGUCGCCCUGACUGGCCCAGCGGUCUUUCAAUUCACGGCACCCUCCGCACCUGAGCGACACAGGCAGGUGCUUGCGGUGUUCAAGAAGACGACGCCCAUGGACGCAAGCAUCACGAGCAUCCCGGACGCAGCAGUUGGUUCGCAUUUGUACGAAGCAAUCGCGAGCUUCCUCGAUGGACUCGGCGUACCACGCGGUCUCAAGGCUGUUGGGUACAAGGGGAGUGAUGUUGGCAUGCUGGUUGAGGGUACCAUCCCGCAACGCCGCGUGCUCGAUCUUGCACCUGGUGUCGGCGAUGUGGUGGGAGAGGACGGCAGGACGCACCUGACGAAGAUUCUCGAAGCGUCCUUAGAGUACUGA